AUGCGACCGCCGACGCCGCCCGCAGGCCCCGCCAUGGCUCCAGGGCGCGAAGGCCGAGGCCUGAGGAAGCGAGGCCUUCCGCCGACGCCGGAGCCGGGCGGGGUGGGAGGCUGCAGCCUUCAGGCCCGGGGCCGCGGGGACGAGAGCCGGCAGAAGAGGAGGGUGGCGGCCCGGGCGUCCGGGAGAGAAGACGCGGAAGCGGACAAGUCGGCCAAAGAGAAAGGAAAAGUUACUGAAGCACCAAGUGAUGAUCCACAGCCAGGGACUGACCUGGUAAGAAAGGCAUCAUUAACCAGUUUGGAAUCUUUACAAACAGUGGAAUGCAGUGAAUUUCAAAAUAUGGCUUUCUUACAGUCAUUGGCUAAGGAAGAUUUGGUAGAAGGUAUUAAAAGAAGAAUUCGAAUUAAAAAAUGUAAAAGGUUAAAAAAUACACCUCUCAAAAUAACUAAAAAUGAGGCAACACAAAAUAUUAAGGUUGAAUUUCAAGAUGAACUGUUCAAGAAUACUCCAAAAUAUUCUUGUAACAGCUUAUCACCUGAAAUAGAAAAAAAAUGCAGUUUUGAAUCACAUGAUUACAGUUUCCUCCAUUCUGAGGGUUGUAAUAAUGACAAAACCUUUGAGCAUAAACCUCAUGGUGUAUGUAUACACAUAGCAGAGAACUCCUUGAAGUUAAAGAAAGAAAAUCUUAGGAAUCUUGUAGAGAAGAAUGACACAAAAACUACUACUAAGCUCUUAAACACUGAAGAAAAUAUAAUAGCUAGUAAGUUACUGCUUGAAGAAAGUCAUUUAUACCAAAAUAAAAACAAUGGCUUGAUUUCUUGCCUUCAAAGUGAAAAAAACAAAUAUUCAACAGAGAAGAGCAGCAUUGGGAGAAAACACAGGAAAAAAAUGAAGUUGUCUGAAAAAGAAGAAAAAACUAUUGAUCUUAAGUUCUCUAAUGUAUAUAACAAUUCUGAGUUGAUGUCACAGGAAAAUCAAAUGGGUUUGGAAGGGAAAGAAACAGAGACAUUGGAGCCUAAAAAAGGUUUUCUAAGAGCUUUAAGAAAAAUAAACCAAAGCACACUCUCUCCAGUGGACCAUUUGUGUCUCCCAGAAACAGUAGGAAAAACAAGUCCCAUACAUCACGUAAAUGCUGUGUUUCAGAAAACUCUUGAAUCACGUUUGAAAGAGGAUAUAAAAGAUGCUGCAGAGUCCUUAGGAUGCAAAAGUAUGGAGCCAGAAGAGUAUCUCAAAUCGAUGAUAAGCUCUACAGUAAAAUCACCUAGUGAUAGCCAUCAUAUGGGAAAGAGAGCUCUGUGGGGGGAUUUGAGAAGUGACACUGCAGAAUCAAAGGUAAGCUGUCGCAGAGUAAUGCCAAUGACUGGUAAAAGAAUUUGGCCAUUCUAUUCUUGUGCUAGAAUAUCUGCCCAGUGUUGGAAAAAGACUUCCUUGUCAGAUUUAAAUUGUUCACUUCCAGGGUCUCUGGAAAACGUUAGGCCACCUGAUUCUAUCAUACACCAAAUGAACCAAGCUCAUUUAACUGACUCCACACUAUUCCAGCAGUCCUUAACAGAAAGAACCAUUGAGCCCUCAAGUAAAGAACAGUAUGACUCUGAUGUAAAUUGUCUGUCUUCAGUUUCUUCAGCAGAACCUACUGUGAUGAUUAUGAAGGAAGCUGUAACCCGUGAUAAAAAGAUGAAGUUAGAGGAGUCCAGCAGAAACGGGACAGAGGUAGUUUCUAACACUACUGGAGACACGCAGUUAACUAACAUAACUCAAAGCUUGACAGGGAAUAAGAAAAAGAGAGCGAAUUUAUCAAAACUUAAUUUGACAGUGGAAUCCCAAGAAAGCCAGGAAGCAAGUAACUUUGCAAACAGAAGUAUUCAUCGAAAAUCUUGUAUUACUAAGCAAACACUUGUGGCUCCAGACUUGGUUAAAAUACUAAACACAGGACGGCUGACUAAUUUUAAAAUCCCUUUACUGAAGAACAAGACAGGAAAAAGAGGAGAAGUGAGUGCCAGGUCAUCUGAGAGAGAAGCUUACAGUCCCCUAGAGCUACUUGAUGCUUUGUCUGGAGCAGAGGCAAAACAAACUAGGAAUAAGGAAAAUGUCUGCGUGACAACUUCAGGGCCUCAGUCUUUGAGCAUACACACUAGUGCAAUCCCAGGGCAAGCUAGUUCUCACUCGUUCUACACUAAGAAUUCCUGUACCUCUCCAAGCUUCUCAAAGAAAGGUUAUGAUAACAAAGCAUGUAAUCACAUCUCCGAACCAGGCAAUAUUAUUUCAAAUAAGGAGUCUGUUUCUAUUAAAAUUGAAAAUAAUACUUUUUCUUGUGAUCUUGGAUAUAUUGAGCAAAGUUCCUUCUGCUCUAAGAAACAAGAAGCAUUUGUGCCAAUUUCCUCUGAAGUUAGUGGUAAAAAAAUGACUAAAAGCAUUUCAGAAAUCAAGUUGGGGGUUCCAGAUAUUCUCAAAGCAUAUGAAGAUGAUGUCCUCUUGAUUGAUGUAAUUCAAGAUGACCCAGAGCUCUUUGGAAUUUCCAGUGAAGGGGAUAUCUCAUUUGCUUCAGAAGUUUCCAGGAUAAGCCAGGAGCCCAGUAUAUCUGAAGAGCACUCAUCAGCAGACUUUCAACACAUGCACCAUCCUGGGAAAAAAGAGCCAGGCGAUUUGAGUAAAGAAGUUGCCUUGCUGGACCCUGGAUUGCUGAAACUGGAGAUCUGUCCUUCCUUGUCAGCAGCAGAGGAUCUGCAACAUGAUUCUACAGGGACAGCCAUUUCCUUGGAAGCCUCUGAGGAGACGUUUGGAAGUGAAAACCCAGGAGACCUCAGUGAGCAAGCCAGAGCUUUAGACCCAGAUGCAAAGUGCAGCAGUUCAGACAAGGCAACUGUUAUAGAAGAACAAGAGAGCACUCAGGAAUUUUGCAAAAGCAAAGAUUCUAGAGAUGCGGAGGUCGUGGCUAAUGAAUGUCAGUUAGCAACACUGGGCCCCAGACCUCUGUGCUCAUCAGUGCAUCCUUUGACUCUCAGCAGUCAUCAAGGAGAUGCAGUGCCCAUGCCCUGGAUGAAUGAUUUCAGAUUUCCAGGAAGACCUUAUGUCCUACAACUGCAGAAUCCUGAAACCUGUGAAAUGUUUACAAGAGAAAAGAGCAUGGGGGUGUUCCAGAAGCCCUUAGGGUUGGUGAUACCCCAUAGAUACUGCAAAUCUCAUUUUAAUACAUUACGUGGCUGUGAGCGAGCACAGUGCAAGUUUGUCCAUGUUCCCGAGCAGGGGGAUGAAAAGGUCUGCAUGGAUGUGUUUAAGAAAUACAUAAGUGUCAAUCAGCAGCCUUUGCUGCAGCGAGCAGCACACAUAUUUCUGGAGUACUACAGAAAGUUUCCCCCAGGGAUACAUUUCAGUUUGCAAGUGCUGAAUGACCUUUUGCUUUCUUUGCUCAAGCACUGUCUGUUGAAGGAAGUCUUUCAGGUAGUGCAGCUCAGCGUAAUGGCUAAAAUGCUGCCUGCUCUGAAAAUAUUACUAAAAAUAUUUGAGUAUGUGGCAGCUAUGAAGUUAAGGAAUGCUGUACCUGCCUUAAUUGAGAUUUUUUGCAAGUUUGUUGAAGCUGGGAUGGUCCCUGACUCAGAGCACUUGAACUAUAUUGUUAAGCUUUUAUACCAAACACAGGCAUCCCAACAAGAAAUAGCUGCAGUUCUGGAAGCCAAAUCCAGGUUACGAAUAAGACAGCUGAAAAAGAACUGGAAAUGUGAUUUAGACUCAGCCUUGAGUGAAGUGGAGAGUUGCAAAGAAAAAGGUGACUGGACCAAAUUGGGAAACCUGUACAUUAGCAUAAAAAUGGGCUGUGAAGAAUUUGCAGAUUUCCAGAGAUUCUGCGCUUGUGUUGCUGAAACACUCACAAAAGAAAGGCCAGGUGUUCCUUUCUGUGACUUUGCUGACACAGUUAGCAAAGACCCACAAUACAGUGAGGUGGAUAAGACCCUGUUGGGAAGGAUUGGAAUAAGUGCUGCAUACUUCUACCACAGGCUGUUGCUGUGGUCCAAGGGAAGGAAGGUCUUAGAUAUACUGUAUGAGCUAAAAAUACAUUUUACAAGUUUAAAAGGACUUAUAGGACCUGAGAAAGUAGCACCAAGAUGUCAAAUUGUAAAUGUUGCAGCAGAAAUUUUUAUCAAAAGUGGGAGCCUGGAUGGUGCCAUCUGGGUGCUGAGGGAAUCGGAAUGGAUAAUCAACACACCACUUUGGCCUUGUGAUAGAUUGGAUAUGCGUAAUCGGUAUCAUUUGCUCUGCACCAUUGCCCGAGAAAUCCUGGGAAAGAAUCUCUAUAGACAGACAUUUGAGGUUUUGCAGAAUCUGCCAGGCUUUCAGGAUUCUCAAGAAGCUGUGGAGGAUUCCCAGUGUAGCCUUCUUUUCAAUAAACUCCUUGAUGCCUGCAUAGAGAGUAACAGCCUGGGCAUGUCAUCUUCUGUAGCAGAGUUCAUGGUCUCUAAGAACAUCCCAGUCGACUUCUCCUUUCUCAGGAGACUCAUCACUUCCUUAGGAAGGAGUUGUUUGUGGCUCAAAGCCAGAGCCCACUACAAAAGCGCUCUGUCACUGGGUUGCUACCCACUCUCAGAGGGGAACGUACACCGGAAACUCCUCCUGGUUCCCUCUUACCUAUCCGAGAUUGAAAUGCUUUUAGCUAUCGAAAUAUUUCUGGUGUCUAAUGCUAGUAGUAUUCAGAGCGCGGGAGCUCCCACACAGGUGCUGCAGAUCGUUUUGAAAAGAUGUGAAAAAAGCAAAUCUCGAAGCAAGGAUGACUAUCAAGCUGCAGUGGAAAGACUGAUCAUGGCGGCUCGCAUAUCUGACCCCAAGCUUUUCAUCAAGCACAUGACAGUCAACAUUAGCCAGGAGCAGGUGUACAGUCUGGGGCACUGCUCUGCCCUGAAGUGGCUGAGGGAGAAUAUGAAGUGGGCUGGGAAGGUUUGGCUUUCCACUAGCCGUUAGUUCACAAAGGCGGUGGUGUUGGGCCUUUUUUUCUUCUUAAGUUCAAGUGGUCAUUGUUGAAAAGACAGAUAAACAUAGUUUGUUGUAUUCAGCAUUUGUAUCUUAUUGACACUAGAAGUUAUCAAAUAGUUUUCAAGCAAUAAAAAAAUCAUUUGUUAUGGGUUCAGGAAUAGCCGCACACUAACCACUCGAACACCAGACUCAAGACUGAUGGAAGUUUAUUCAACACUAAACAAAACUGA